CGAUUCUGCUGUCAAGUAUAGCAGUCAACUAGACUCUAGUCUAGACAUCCUCCACCCCCUUCUCUGUCGCAUCGACUAGUCGGCUCAAGCGAUGGACGGCUGCGAUCCGUCCUAGAUUAGCGGCAUUGCCUUGUAGCACUCUCAACUUCCGUUGCUGAAUCGGCCAUUCUUUCUACAUCGUUCUCCUUUCGACAGAUUUGGCCCGCAGAGCUCUCCCAUUGCUGCUCAGUCGACCCAAUAUUUACGCUGCAAGUGGGGAAUCUCGUUCUGCUCUCACUUCCCCCUCGACGCGAUAAUAUUGUCAUUCUCGGCAUUAUCAUAAAAAAAAAACCGGUGGCGUAAGAAUUACGGAGAAAUAUGGCACCAACGGUGGAUCAGCGGAGAGGAACAGGCGGACGGGGAAUCUUGGGCCUUGGGACCGUCGGAUUAGCUUACGUGGCAAUGGAAUUCGUGAGCGGCCGAACCGACUGGCUUCCACGAAGCUUCGCGUCGCAGCUGCAGCCCGGCCUGUGGGGCGUCCUGGCGAUCCUCGCGCUUUUCGAGGCUCCGCGUUACCAGCAUUUCGCGGAGGAGUUUCGCGCGGCUCCCAAGUUCUUCGCGAGCCUGCUGUUCAUGGUGGCGAUGAUCGGCGUGGAAGUGGUGAUCGUGCAGUUCGUUACUGUCGUUCUGGGCAUUGACUGGCACAGUGACACUGCCCCUCUUCCUGACACCGGCCAAUGGCUCCUCCUCUCCUUGAACGACCGCCUCCCCACUCCAAUCACCGCCCUCCUCCGGGCGCGCCUCGUCGAGAUGCACGACUUCCUCAUGCUCUUCAUGCUGCUCGCCUUCUCCGUCCUCUUCCGCUGCAUCCCUCCCCCGGGGAUCGGCCUUGGCGCCCGCUACUGCUUCACCAUCGCCCUCUCCCGCGUGCUCCGGUUCCUAACCUUCGCUUCUACGAUCCUCCCGGCGGUUCGGCCGUGGUGCGCCGCGGCUAGGUUUGGCAGCACGAGCCCGAGGCACCCCCAUCCCUGGGCUCAGAAGUACUUCGUUCCAUACGCCCGGAAUCACGACCUGCUGCACCAAGUUAUCGAAACGGACAGGGCUUUUGCACCCCAGGUGAACUACCCACCUGAGUUUUCACCUGACUGGGGCGUGCUGCAGUUUCUGGUGGACUUCCUUCGCCCCAUGGACGCCCGGGUGCACCAUGGCGCAGCAGCCACCUCGGGCGCCUUCAGCAGCUUCGUCAUCCGCCCCUACGGGGGCUGCAACGACCUUGCUUUUAGCGGGCAUAUCAUCACCGCAGCCCUCACCGCGUGUGCCUGGCAGGAAGCCUUCCCUGGCUGGGCUUCAGCCAUGGUGUGGGGCCUUGUCUUCCAUUCCGCUCAGAGGGAGGUUCGGGAGCGGCAGCACUACUCGGUGGAUGUAGUCUUGGCGCUUUAUCUUGCGCCCUUGCUGUGGCGCACCACCAAGUUCCUCUGGUCGCGCCCGCCCCCACCGCCCUCUAAGAGGGAGGCUUUAGGGCUGGCACUUAGCCAGCGGGAAUCGGUGCUUACCAAAGCGUUGAAGGAUGGGGACUUGAGUGCUGUGAGGGAGGCUGUGGAAGAUGCGGAAAAAGAAGCGGAAGCGGUCUCCACUGCCGGUUGUAAGGAAGGAACUGAUGGUGAUAAAGCAGUGAGGGAUGAACAGAUGAACAAAUGGCUAUUGCCGUUUGGUAUUGGAAUGAUCCUGGUGCUGUUUGUGGUGGUUCUGACGGCCUUCAGUGUGGCAGAUGAAGGAGGAGGCUUUUUGAAGUGGCGUUCAUGAGUUCUGCAUGUGCCACUGCGACACAAUUUAUUUCAGAAUAAUCCUGGUCCCGCGAGCUGUGCAAGGCGUGAAUGGUGAAACGUCCUCAAUAAGGGUUGAAGAUCAUAUCAAUGUUAGAUUAG